AUGCUAUUAGUAAUAUUAGUAAUACUAUUAGACCAUGUCACAUCGUGCACAUGGCCGUCGGUUGACGCCCUGUUCAUUUUGGAUUCCACCGAGUUUGUCACUUCUUUUCAGCAUCAAACCCAAGUCAAUUUUUUCAGUCAGGUAAUGAAAGAUAUGAAAUUGAAUGAGGCCGGCUCGAAGGUCGCAUUGGCGCAAUUCACACCAGCCGCCAUGAUUACUAUGAAUUUUGCCAAUUCGAGUUCACCACAGAGUCGCGUUAAUGAAUUACGGUAUUGUCCCUGCGAGAGUCAAAAUUGCGAAAAAACCAGUGUCAAUUAUAUUGCCAAAUCUUCAAUGACAUCGAUGAAUCGAAAAUCAGUUCCUGAUGUGAUUUUGGUGGUAUCAAAUAGCUAUCAGCCUUUGAAUGAAUUGAUGCCCAAUGAGCCUUUGAUGUCGCCAAUUUCACCGCUUCAUGUAUUUUAUGUGGUCAUCGGCUCGAACAUGCAAAUCACUAGAUUCGAGCCGUCCGCAAACACGGUUGGUCUGAAAGUCGCCGAUUUCGAGCAUCUCCCACAAUUAGUAUCGCCACUAUGCGAGAGCGUCAACGGAUAUGUGAAAGGCAGCUCUCAUACACGAUUCGGACCACUUUGCUGGAUUAUCAUCGGUGGAUUAUUGCUAUUGUUCUUGCUUAUUGCCUGUUGCCUAGGAUAUGCAAUUUAUACAUAUCAAGACGAAAAUCGCCGCUUAAAAUAUCGAUUAAGCGAAAGCGAAAAAAAUCUCAGGAAGCAAAACGAGUACUUCACCGCUCAGCUUCAUUCUCAGAUGGAGAAGCAGAUUCAGAAUGGCGAGAAAUAUGCGGAGGAAAUGAAAAAGCAACAAGAGAUUAUGAAGGCUCAACUCGAUCGCCAACUGGAAGCUGCUUAUCAGCAUGGAUCCAAAGUUCACAUUCUGCCGAUCAACGCACCGAACACGGAUGAGCGGCGGGAUUCUGGAAUAGCGACGUCGCCAAGAGAGAACGAGCAGAAAGUCGAGGUGCCGAAUGAUAAUGCUGAACACUCGGAUAAGGAGAGGGAAAAGGGAGAUGAGAAAGAAGCUGAUAGACAUUCUGAAUCGUCUUCUACUGAUUCAUCGACCAGCGAUAAUGAGAGCGAAGAUUUGGAGGAGCUGAACCGAAGAACUCAUCUACCAAUGGACCAUCCUGCGAGAAAAUUGCCUCCCAUUGAUUUAAUGUUUCUCGUUGACACCUCCAGUAGCAUUGGAAUCAAUAAUUUUGACAUUCUCAAAAAUUUCAUAUGCGAAAUCCUCAAAGACGUCGAUAUUGCGCCGGGACGCUCGCGAAUCGCAAUGGUUCAGUACGCUCAGGAUCCAAGCGUCGUCUUCGGAUUCGAUCAGUUUUAUUCGUACGAAAGUGUGAAGCGAGGCGUGAUGCGAUUGAAUUACACGGGCGGCGCCACGAUGCUCUCGAAGGCGUUGGCGUUCGCCGGCGGCAUCAUGUACCACGAGCAGAAUAUGAAGAAAACCGUCAAGAAGCAUCAAUACAUGCCAACGCCGAGACAUGACAGACCACAGGUGUUGUGCCUCGUCUCCGAUGGAUAUUCCAAUGAUAACGCCGACACCGAAAGCAUCAAUCUUCAUGAUCGCCUUCACGUCAAGAUAUUUGCCAUCGUCUCGCGCAUUUUCAACAAAAACAAACUUGUUCCAAUAACGCGAUUCGAGGGCUCGGUGUUCACGAUUCACCAACGCGAAAGUGUCGCGAUUUGGCUGUGGCGGCAACAGAGAAUCUGGGCCGAACAUUAUAGUCAUUUUGUUGAAAAAGAGAAAAGACGCGAGGGGAAAUAA